UAUGACCCAAAUAAUUUAGGACCAUCGCAAAAAUGAAGCACCUUUGGAUUAUUGUAUAAAUGAAAGACAAUGCGGUUGUAAUACGGAAACUGCCCUGUUGGAUUCACAUGCUUUUUUGUAAACUACUUGGGAGGGAGGCUGCUUUGUUCUGAACCAGUUGUAGCUGCUGAACAAUAAUUAAUGGUAGCCCACUUAAAACAUGGGUACCUAGUUCUUGAUCUGCUAGAAAGGCUUACAGCUUGCUUACUAGGUGAUAGCCUUUCUGAUCAGUGUUGUGUUAUAGACUUUGUAGACUAUAGUAAUAUAGUCAUUGAUGAAAGAAGAGGGCAGGAGGACACAUAGCUAACAGUGUCAUACUACAAAGAACAAAGAGUAUCAAGGCAGAUGAUACGAUCAACAGAAGAAUGGGAAGAAACCCUAAAAACUGUCAGAAAGGGACUAAUUGGAAAGCACAGUGCAAGUAGUUUCUGCAAAGCAUGUUAGGAUUUUUAAAAAGAAAGAUGGGAGAAGGUCCGAGCUGGAUGACAGGUUGCUAAUAUGACCACAAACCACUCACUGAGGCUUGGGUGGGUUCUUCCAGAUGUCUAUCGACCAUUCAUCAUGAUUUCCUUGGACAAAGCACACACAAAGGUUUUACAAUGUCUGUCCUAUUGAGCAUUCAUUUUGAUUUGUUUGUAGGGAGGUUAUAUGACAAUUAACAUUCAUCCUGAUGUGUUAUAUAUACUCCCAUCUAUCAAUCUUUUUAUCAUGCACUUAGUGCAUUUUCCUAACUGCAAAAAUACUGUUUUUUAAAAGUGGAUUUGUUGCAGCAGAGCACUUAAUUGUACAAACCUAAUUUUCUGAUAUUCGAUUGAAUUUCUUCUGCAAAAUACUGAUAGUCUGGAGGUGACCAAAAUGCAGAGGGGAAAGUUACGGGAUGGAAGCAGGUGAGAGGUAUGGUCAAAUAGGAAUUUAUUAAUGGUGGGAGAGAUGAAUAUGCUUAACAUUGGAGCAGAAGUAGAAGUAGAAAUGUAAGAAGGAAUGAAGCAGGAAGCAUGUGAUGGGACUGAAGAUGAACGAAAAACUUUUUUUGUCCAAUUUGAUCUCUAGAGAUACUCUUUUUUUAAAAAAAUUCCUCGCUAUUAAAGCGUGUUCAACGUACUUCAUGAAGGAAAAUGAAGAUGUCUCAGCUGUUUCUCAUUGUGGUUUCCAUAGUGAACAGAUCUGACUUCUUUGGACUAGACCUCAAGGUUCCUUGAUUAUUUUUAUUUAUUUAUUUAUUUAUACCCGCCUUAUGGCCAAAAGGCCCUCAAGGCGGCUUCCAAGAAAAAUACAAAUACAGGAAUACAUCCAUAAAACAAUACAAUUUACAAAAUUAAAUAACAAAUAACAUUAUUAAAAAACAGUGAUUACAAAAUGUCCAAUGAAAACACAGUGUUUUUCUUACCACUAUCCAGCACUAUCUGCCUUUUAAAAUGCAAGCUUAUCUCCAUGCCUGACAUCGUAUGAUAUCAGGUGACUGACUGGUGGGUGUGGUUUGCCCAACAUGGUUAACUUCAAAGGCCUGAUUAGGCCUGUGGGCUGCAGGUUACCCAUCCCUGUUAAGUGUCUUCCAGUAUAAUCACAUGAGCGUCUGUAAAAGUCCACUUAACACAAACCCCAUAGAGAUACCACAUGAAUACAAGCUAGAAUCACUACCUCUGGGCAUCUUUGUUAAGAUGCUGAACACAUCACUGUGAUCAAUGAGGGAUUUGGCCUUGAAGAAAUGCAUGCUGGGUGGAAAGAGCCCCAUCUCCUUAGCUUUAGCUACUUCCUCUUCUUUGAGGCGCAUGAGCUUCUCAUUGGCAGCUUCAUAUUUUCCUAGCACAAGAUUUCCACCUGUAUGACGGGCAUUCUCCUUAUCAAUUAGUAAGUCUCGCUCACUCAAUAAGGGCAUGGAUGCACAGAGAGAAACGCAACCGAAAUGAUGAUCACCUGCCAUACGGUUCAACCUGAGGCAUCACUUGAGGGACACACCUUUAAGACAUGCCACAGACUACCUAAAUGAAGCUUGUGGACCACUGUAGUCUGUGGAGCACAGUUUGCGAACCCCUGUGCUAUAGCUACUCUGGACAGAAGUAAUGAGUUAGCACUGAGGAAGCAUCACCAAACAGCUAAUGAAGAAUAAAUCUACCACUGAUGCAUUAUUAUUCUAUCAAGAACAUGUUGUAGAAAACACCUGCAGUAAAACACCAGUCUGGAAGGUCCCAUAAUAUGGCAAAAUAUUAACAAAAAACAGCAAAAGCACUCUGCUUGAACUUUGAAUGAAUUAUUUUUAAAUUUAUUUAUUUAUUUAAAACCCUGCUAGCCUGCUCUUCAUUGCACAGGAAUUCCAGCGCAGGUUACAAUUUAAACUACAAUUCAUACUCUUAAUUUAAUCAUCAAAUGAAAAUAAGGCAAACAAGUUACAGCCAGAUAAAUGCACAAAAUCUCUCCUUAUAUAUCUGGCAUCAAGACAGAAAUUGGUGAAAUAAAACUGCUUCUUUUACUGAUCACUUUCUCAUCCCAAGGAAGAGUGGUCUGUUUUCCAGUUUAAGACAGCAGGAAAUAUUCAGUGUGUGGUAACCAGCUAUGGCCCACACAGCUAUCAGCUUUCAUUCUUUAUCUGUUCAAUCCUAAUUACUCACGGAGAAUAUAUUCAUAUGCAAGCAAGAUCAAAGAUAAAUACGCAAGCAAAAUGAAAGAUGGUAAUGUUUUGUCCAAUUCAACCCUGAGGCAAUUCCAGUCUGGAUCACACUGUUCCUCCUCCCAUCAACUUCCCUGCUAUAAAGUAUGUCCAGCCAACAGUGCAAACAUCACAUACUCUAGUGAGGAUGAAGGCGGUCCUGCUACAACUGCUAUGUGUGGCUUCCUUUGUCAUAGUCGAUGGAGGCCACAUCCAGAAAGUAGUAGGAGUAAAGGAUGCCAAUGGCCAGUGUAUUUGCAGCAUGGAACUGUCCCACGUAGUCUUCCCUGUACAUAAAGUGGAAAAAAUGGAGACCGACUUCUACAACCUGACUGAUUUUCUACAGAAUCAAAUGAACAAGAUUUAUAAUCACCAAACAUUAAUAACGACUACUUUAACAAACCUGACUGACCUGGAAAAACGUGUGAAAUAUGCAAAGACAUUUGGCACGCAUGUUGACCUGGAUUUCAAGAGGCUUAUCAAUGACAUUCAGACAGUAGUGUCUAUGGCAAAAAAUAUAAGCAAGAAUGCAACCACGGAUACCUCUAAAGAAAUGGUCACAGAAUUGAUUAAAGAGAUUGAUACUAUCAAUACUGUAGUAACAACAAUGGAAAAAUAUGACAGAAACAACAUAAUAACAGCACAACGCGAGAUCAUUGCUCUCCGGAAAAAGCUACAGGAUUGUGAGGAAGAAAUUGCCCUUGCCUCUGGCAUUGUCCCUGCGAUGGGAUCACCAUCAAUUGGUAAAUGUGACCAUGAUGGCAUACUGAAGGUCAGUGACCCAGUUCUAGUGAAGCUCAACUGGAAAGGUUCAGAUUUCAGAGCUGGAUCCUGGGGUAAAGAUUUUGCCAUAGGGACCAAAUUUCCAGACCAUUAUUGGGUUUUCCCAAUGAAUGAUGAUGGGCGUACAUUGGAGAACUACCGUCUAUACUCCUCAUACAAGAAAUUGUUACUUUACUCCCCCAUCCGGGAGUAUAGCCUCAAUGUUAAUACUAAAAAGAAGUGUGAAAACUGUGGACAAGGGGCUGGAGUAGUGUUCUUCAAUGGUUCCUUUUUUUACAACUGUUUUGAUAGUAGGGCCCUGUGCAAGGCAGAUCCGUUCAACCUGCGAAUUUCUCGCAUGAAUUUGGAAGACGAGGAUCCUGCUUCCUUCAAUAACUGGUUCUCCUAUAAGGGUGUAAAGUAUCAGGACAUGGACUUGGCGGGGGAUGAGAAGGGUCUGUGGAUGAUUCACGGCUCCACGGUAGCCAAUGGUAAUGUGGUCAUUAGGAAAGUAGACCCUGGGACCUUGAGUGUAGGGUCUUCACCUUGGAUUACCACACAGGCAAAGGAUCAAAUGAGUAAUUCCUUCAUGAUAUGUGGGGUACUCUAUGCCACCAAGAGAAAGAAUUCAACUCAUGAGGAGAUAUAUUACAUGUAUGACACCAACACAGGUCGGGAAAGCAACACACAAAUCUUUAUGGAGAAACCUCUUCCUAUUGUGCAGAGUUUAAAUUACAAUCCCAACGACCAGAAACUCUACAUGUACAAUGAUGGCUACCUGGUGUAUUACAAUCUCACACUCAUAACUCGUAAGGUGAGCAAGGCAGAACAGGUUACUAGUAUUGAGCAACAGCAGGAUUCUGACACCAAAGAACAGCAAAGCAUGGUGAACAAGGGAGAGCUGGAUACAGCUAGCAUGGAACAGCCAAGUUCAGCUAGUAACCAGCAGCAACACUUGGCAAGCCAAGGAGAAAGCCCUGCCAAUCAGGAGGAAAAUCCUAUGACUGUUACCCUAGUAAGAAGAAACAAGGAAGGGGGCCAAACUGCUGCUGGUGAGUGAGAGUUUCAUAAGGGAAGGCAGGGGCAGUGAGCGAGGAAAGCUAAGUUGAGGUUGGUGAAAU